AGUCUGUAUUUGGAAUCAUUCGGCAGAGCAUCAAAAACGCGUUUUCUUUGAAUUAAUUUGUAAUGAACGAUAUUAAAUGUUUCUAGUUCAUGUAAUUUUGUCUUAUUACUUAAAUUUAAUUCAAAAAUACAUUGUUUAAAAAAAAAUGUAUUAUCAAUGGAUCUCGUAAAGCGCUUAUCACGCUUAUCAGUUUUCGGGAGAUCUGACCCCAUCGCAAAACACUACCUAGUAGUGGCUAGUACCUAGGACAAAUUAAAAAUCGCUACCAUUGAAGCAAAUACUUUAAUAUAAAUUAUUUUAAAGUUUUAUAGUAUUAAAGUUGGAAAAUACUAUAAGUUAACUAAUUAUAACUUCAUUACCGAUUCUCUAGGCUGUUGGAUAAAAUAUUUUUGUUGUAGCUGUGGUUGGAUCUUAUGAAUGAUAAGAAGAAUCAACUAGAUACCUGAGUGAAAAUGCAUCAUUUAUUAAAAUAUAUAUUUGUUUCAAGCCAAUGUUGCUGUAAAAUGUAUUUACCUCAAUGCAGAAUGUGUUUUCCAACUGUACUUUCAAAUAAUAAAUCAUUUUUAUCAGUACAAUUAUAUAAAAAUCACAGGAUUAUGACAAAUGUUUAUUUUGCUGAUGAUCGAUUUUCAAAGCGUCACAAUAAAUUGAAAAAUGCCAUUCGAGAUAAACAGAUUAUUUUACAAAAAACUAAACAAAAAUUUCAAAACAAAAGUAAAUUCAUACUGGAUGACAUUAAGGAAACUAAAUCAAAGGUACGAGAUACUAUAAAGGAGAAUGUUUGGACAAUACCUAAUAUGUUAUGUAUGACCAGAAUAGUCCUAAGUCCUUACUUAGGUUAUCUUAUUGUCAAUGGAAACUUUGCGUAUGCUCUCAGUUUUGUGGCCAUAGCAAGCGUGACCGACUUAAUUGAUGGAUGGAUUGCUAGAAAUUUUGAAGGUCAGAAAUCAAAAUUGGGUAGUUUUUUGGAUCCAAUGGCUGACAAAGUGCUUGUGGGUACUAUGUUUUUCACAUUGACUUAUAUAGAUUUAAUCCCAAUAUACCUUACUGGUAUAAUUAUAUUAAGGGAUCUGGUUUUAAUGGGUGCUGCUUUCCAAAUUCAUUAUAUGGCAAUACCUAAACCUAGGACUUUAAGUAAAUUAUUUGAUGUUACUAAUACCAAUGUUCAAUUAGCACCCAUGUUCAUAAGUAAGGUAAAUACCACAGUUCAAUUAGCAAUGGUUUGUGCUACUAUAGCAGCUCCAGUGUUUGAUUUUGUUGAUCAUCCUGCACUCAAAGCAUUGUGGUGGUUAACAACUACUACUACAGUGUCAUCAGCAAUAAGUUAUAUAGUGCAUAGAAAAAAGACUUAUAAAAUAUUUAAUAAUCUAAAAAGAUAAUUUUUUUACCAAUUCUUGUUAUAUACAUAAAAGUAUCUUUGACAAGAAAUGUUUUAAUUUUAAUAAUUUU